CUCAGGAAUUCUGGGAGUUGAAGUCUACAUAAAAAGGCCGUAGUUCCGCGUCUCUGGCAUAGAGCUUUAAGCAGCUGGUCUGGACCGCAGCAGCAAAGGCGUUUCCUCCCCUUACUGCUCCUCCCACCUGGAUCAUAGAUGCGGUACGCGCCAAAAUGGCAGCGUUCAUGUUUCAGCGUGGGUUAUUGCAGAACGGGACUACGAUGAAAAAUUGGGCGGCGACAGGUAAAAGGUGCAUUCUUUCAGCAGCAUACGUGGACAGUACAAUAUGGGAACAAAGAAAAAAGGAAGAGCACAGCCUGGCUAAUUUAGCCAAUUUGAUGGACAGAACCUAUGAAAAAAAACUACCGGUCAGCUCUUUAACAUUAUCUCGGUUUAUAGAUAACAUUUCUUCACGUGAGCAGGUGGAUCAAACUGAAUAUUAUCUAUACAAGUUUCGUCAUAGUCCUAAUUGCUUUUAUUUAAGAGACUGGAUCAUCCACAGCUGGAUUAGGAAGUGCCUUAAGUUUGGUGCACAGGACAAAGCUUUGUAUACUCUACAAAACAAGGUACAGUUUGGAAUAAUUCCAGAUAGUUUUACCUUCAAUUUAUUAUUGGAUUCUUUUAUAAAAGAUGAGAACUAUGAAAAUGCUAUGGAUGUAGUGACUGAGAUAAUGAUACAGGAAGAUUUUACUAAGGUGUCCACCCAAUUUCUCUCUCUUUAUACCAUGUACAAAUAUUUGGCAACCAAAUCAGAACUUACGUGGGAAGAAGAGAAAAAUCUUGGAACAUCUCUGUUGUUAGUGGGCCUCAAGCAGACUAACACUGUAGGAUUUAGUUCUCAGCUAUAUGGCCUUGCCCUCCUUGGUAAAGUGGAGCUGCAGAAAGGAUUGCGAGCUGUUUACCACCUAAUGCCGCUCAUGUGGACCCCGGGAUAUCUGAACAGAGCCUUGAAAGUAAUGGAGGAUGUGGCUCUGCUUCCUGAAGAUGUGAAGCUUUGCCAGGAAGCAAUUGAUGUUCUGGGAGAUAUUUUGCACCCGGCACCUGAGCCCCAUAUUUCUCCAGAAGACCCCAAGGAUUCAGAAGAAGCACCGAAGCAGACACCGCCAGAAGAAAACGAGCUGCUUCGACUGCCUGAAUACCUAAGCCGUUUUAAGGAGCUGAAUUCUAAACUUCACUCCCUUGGCAAGUUGGAAUCUAGGAAGCUGUUAACUCUGACUACUCAACUUGUUGAGGAGAAGCUACCAGCAUCUGAAGAGGAAGACAUUACAAAAUACAAAGAGAAACUUGAGGAGUGGGAUAAAGAGCAAACAAUGCUGAUUGAAAGGGAGAAAGAAAUGAAAGAAAAAGCUAAGGAAAUGAUGGAAAGCCGAAAAAAAACAAAUGCAGCCACAUGAUGGUUUUGCUUAUAGACUUCCGUUACGCCUUAAAUUGUCUUGGCAAUAAGCAGAGUCUCAUCCUGUCUAGUACUUUAUUGCAAUACAGACUUGGCUGUCCACACAUUAAAUCUUUACAUGAUCCAGGCUAUAUGUCAUCCCCGUCUCCGAAAUCUAUUAUUAUUACUGUUCUUCUGAAAGUAUAUAUUACCUCUGUUGUGUCUGAGAACAAAAAUCUGUCAUUUAAUCAAAUGGUUCCUUUCUAAAAUGUUGGAGUGAGAUAGUAUAUUCAGAAGAACAUUUUUCAUCGUCAGCAUAUACUAUUUUUCAUGAUAGUUACUGACAAGCAUUGCUGAUAGUUUAGAAUUCAGAGAAAACAAUAAAUAAAUGUAAUUUGAAUGUGUACAUAUAUUCACGCUUUCCAACUUGGGAGUUAAAGGGGAGUUCAGAGAAUAAGAAAUAAUCUAUUCUGCUGUGAUCUGUGAAUAUUAAUCUGGGUCAGCCCUUCUCAGUCCUUGAAAUAGGACAGAUUGCAAGUCCUAUUACUAACAAAUAAGAGAAAAAGAGGCCGACCUGGACUCUACCUAGGAAGGCACUGUACACUUUUAUAAUACAACAUAGUAAAAAUCUCAAUAAAAUAAAUCUUCAUUUGGUUAUGUCAA